AUGCCGUUCAUGGACAAGCUCAAGAAAGCUUUCAUCCCUCCCGAUGUCAAGUCGCAGUAUGCCCCUCCGCCCGAUGCCAAUCGAUCCCAAGUAUGGAUGGACAUUACGAUUGGCGAUCGCCCGGUUGGCCGCAUCGAGAUGGAAUUGUUCGACAAGGCCUUACCCAAGACGUCUGCAAACUUCCGCGAACUGUGUCGGGGCCAUGAGCAGAAUGGAAAGGUCAUGGGAUAUAAAGGGUCGAUCUUUCACCGGGUUAUUCAAGACUUUAUGAUCCAAGGCGGCGACAUAAUCCACAACAACGGAACCGGAAUGUACUCGAUCUACGGUGGCCCCUUCCCGGACGAAGACUUCAAGUUUGGGCACGACAUCCCCGGCCUCUUAAGCAUGGCCAACAGUGGCCCCAACACAAACGGAUGUCAGUUCUUCAUCACAGUCGCACCGGCAGAGUACCUGAACGGUAAACAUGUUGUCUUCGGGCGCGUCACAAAGGGGAUGGACGUAGUUCGGGCUGUCGAGGAAGUGGAGGCGCAGAACGACCGGCCGCUCCAGGUUGUUAGAGUUGCGGCUUGUGGUGUUUUUGAAACAGCGACGGAUAAGGACUCUUCCACGUCUUCCACCAGCGCUACAGACGUCCAAGCGUCAGGGACGGCCGCACCGGAGCAAUUCCACGACGCUGUCGAGCAGACCGACGCUGUGCCUAUCCAAGGUCAAGGUCAAGAACAAGGCCAAGGCCAAGGCCACGGACUCAAGGCGCUGUAUCGCCGUUUCUCGCGGAGUCUGGAUAACGACCAUAAGGAACAUGGUAAUGAAGCCCGCACCACACCGGCGCUGGCGGGCGCCGUCCAUGACUUUGCGGGGACGUCGCCGGUCGACCACCGCCGCGAGGUAGAUGGCAAGCUCGCUACAUCGUCACCCACCACCGGGACAUAA